UUUAAACGUUCUGAUCAUACUAGAAAUAAAUUCAAAAAGGUUUUUUUUUACUAUAUAAGUUUAGCACUUGUAUUGGAAAAUAUACCUCAAUUUCAUUUGAAAAUAAGUUGCUUUAUCAUGGUAUAUGAGUUUUAGUUUUGCAAUAUAUAAUUUUACUUCAAACGGAAUGUGCGAUCUCUUAUCAAUUUAUCUUAGAGUAGCAUUAUCUAUAACAUAAAAUUGCAGUUGUAUCGAAACGCAUAUAUAAAACGAAAAUAUCCGAAUCCGGGAUGAUUUCUAUUUUGGGCCAAGUCAAAAUUGCUGUUCGUCAGCCUAAAUAAAAUCAUUAGAUAUUCAUACAUGUUAUAUUAAAAUUCUUCCCUUCUCUUUUGGACAUUAAAAUUAAGUACAUUUAAUAAUAAUUCGCAGUUGAUUUACAUUUCUGCCACUUUAUAUUUCCAUCCCGAAGCUCGUGAGCCUAAAUUGCAUUGAGCUAUUUCAAAAGAAAAUUGUGUACAGUAGUGGUAAAAUCAAGUUUUUUUUACUGUGCUUAGAAAAGAGGAGUAAAAAUGGCUCAUUCGUCGUGUAACCGAUGCCACUCACGUCGAUCAAAAACAAAAAUGUUGCAAAUAAAUCGUAAUCCAGCUCCCGAAAUUUUUAAGGUUCCUAAAACACCCGAGAAGUCACCUGUGAAUUCUCCGAUAGGUCAGUCCAUCAACAAUGGACCAUCUCCGCAAAUGAAGAGCUCAAUCAAGAGGAGUGCAGAAAAUUUGUCAACUUCAAGCUCACCACGAAAAAAGCGAAAAAAUGGAGAACAACUCCCACAGCCAAAGAAUCCUGUGGCUCUCCUCAAUGAGCUCCGUCAGGGGCUCACCUAUACAUUGGAAGCUCAAACUGGUCCUGUGCAUGCUCCAUUAUUUACAAUCAGCGUGGAGGUAGAUGGACAAACAUAUACUGGACAAGGACGAAGCAAGAAAAUGGCAAGAUUAGCAGCUGCAGAAUCAGCUCUAAGAAGUUUCAUUCAGUUAAAAGAUGGAGCUGUCCUUUCGCCACUUAAGCCUACCAACAAUGUGGAUUUCACCAGUGAUGAGCACAUUGAAAACGGUACAUCAUCUGAUUCUGAAUCUGAUUGUGAAAUACGUAUUCUCAUUCAGCGUAGCUUAGAAAGCAUCAGCCAAAAUAAUUGUAAGCCGGACUGGUUGAUGCGAUAUGAAAAAAUGAUGCGAAGGAUGUCUGCUGUUGGGAACCAGAAAGUUAUACCAGAGAAAGGCCCUGUAAUGCUGCUUUAUGAGCUAUUUAAUGAUGUCAAAUUUGAGUGUGUGUCAUCAGAUGGUCACCAACAUUCGCGCUUCAAAAUGAUUGCAACAGCUAACAACAGUAACUUCGAAGGAACAGGACCGUCUAAAAAACUGGCAAAGAAUGCAGCAGCGAAGGCGGCUCUUGCUGCACUGUGCAACAUUUCCUACAGCCCCAUGCAAACGCAAUUGCCAAAGUCAACAGUCACAAGUAUUAAUUAUAGCGACAAAGAAUGCCCAGAAUUGGCACAAACUAUUGCAGAUGGGAUAGGAAAGUUCGUUCUACAAAAAUUUACGGAGAUAAUGGUGGGACACGAAGUAUACUCGAGGCGCAAAGUUUUGGCUGGCAUUGUUAUGACAUGUGGUCCGGAUUUGAAUCAAGCAAAGGUGAUUUCAGUUUCAACUGGAACAAAGUGCGUCAAUGGUGAAUACAUAAGCGUAUCUGGCUCAGCAGUUAAUGAUUGUCAUGCAGAAAUUGUAUCACGUCGAUGUCUUGUUGAUUAUCUAUAUGGUCAGUUAAUGAUGCAUUUGAAUGAUGAGACAGCGUCUGAUUCAAUAUUUGUGCGACCAACCAAGCAAGGUGAACUGUAUCAAUUGAAAGACAAUAUUCAAUUCCAUUUGUACAUAAACACGGCUCCAUGCGGGGAUGCACGUAUAUUCAGUCCGCAUGAGGAGGAUGCCACACUUGGUAUCGACAAGCAUCCGAAUCGCAAAGCCCGCGGGCAGUUGCGUACAAAGAUUGAAUCUGGUGAAGGAACAAUUCCCGUAAAAAAUAGCGACGGUAUCCAAACAUGGGAUGGUGUAUUGCAGGGCCAGCGCCUUCUUACCAUGUCAUGUUCUGAUAAAAUUGCAAAAUGGAAUGUCUUGGGCGUCCAAGGUGCACUGCUGGCUUCAAUAAUCCAACCAAUCUAUUUAACAUCAAUCGUAUUGGGUAGUUUAUUGCAUCCAGCACAUAUGUAUAGAGCCGUGUGUGGGCGCAUUGAGAAUUCAAUACAAAAUUUACCACCACCGUAUCAGCUCAACCGGCCUAAAUUGGCACUCGUAACAUCAUCAGAAAUGAGAAACCCUAUCAAGGCACCCAAUUUCAGUAUUAAUUGGACGUAUGGCAAUGCUGAGGUGGAAAUUAUCAAUUCAAUCACGGGAAAAACCAUUCACAAUAAAAUAUCACGAAUCACUAAGCAGAGCUUCUUUGCCAGAUAUGCUAAAUUAAUAUCACAAUUGCCACUUAUUGAAAAACGAGCUACAAUUGAUUGCGAUUAUGGUGAGAUGAAAGCAUCAGUACAUGAAUAUCAGAUUGCAAAGCAGGAACUUUUCACUGCAUUUAAACGAGAGGAUCUCGGUCAUUGGUUGAAAAAACCCAUCGAACAGAAUCAAUUUAGCCUUCCACAAUGACUAGAUUAUAUGAUUAAUUUUAGGAUGCGAGAUGUAAUUUUUAUGGCUCAAUAUCUCUGCGUUACACUACUAGCUUAUACCAUAGAAUUACAAUUAGUUGAAUUUUAUUUGCUUAGGCUCUUUUCCAACAUAAAAUUUUACCGUAGCAUCAUUUAUUCCUUACAAUAUACAACUACUACUGGUGAAAAAUCUCAUAAAACAGUUUGCUCAGUUGAUAUUUCUCUGGAAUAGAAAUCACUUAUUGGACUAUUUCACAGUAAUAAAUUUAGGAAGGGCACUAAAAUACCACAGCACAAUAUUACAAUGCAGUCGUGAGUAUAAAAUUGGUUGUUUUUUUCUCAACAUUACUUCACAAUCUUUCUUUUUUUGUAGUAAGUUCCAAUGAAAUUAUUUCACUUAUAUAUAAUAGUAUUCACACAGAAAAAAAAAUGAACUUAAAAUGUUAUGAAAAUAUAAAAGAACAUUUAAAUUAUUGUACUUUUUAUGUAAUAUUCCUUAAAAGAGUUCCAAAAUAAACAUUGAAUCUAUUGAAUAGAAGUUAGUCAUGCUAAAAAGAAGGAAAUUAAUCACCCCAGUCUUCUAUACUGUGAACUUGAAAAGUAGAAAUUAUUCUUUAAUUAAAAUACGAAAGUGACUUAUAGAUGAUAAGUUAAAGUUAAUUAUACAUAUAAAUAGUUAAGUAAACUAAAUAAAUACGUUUGUCGUAGAAACAAGUUUCUUUAUUUCCACUUUUUUGCUUGAUAAAUCAAAUAAAUUAUAACGUAGAAUUCAGCAGUAAUGAGAAAUUCUUGUGCUUUAUAUAAUAUUUAAAUUUAAUAAAAGUUUAAACAUUAAUAAAGUAUUUUAAAAGAUUACAAAUCAUAUUUCAUAUUGAAAUGCUUUUAAUAGAAAAUUCUAAAUUUGUUUUUAUAUAUUUUUUUUUCUUUUUGUACGUAAGUAUGUAUGAUAUUUAAAAAAAAUUAAAUUGAUUUUUAGAAAAUUCAUCAAUUUUAUACACUGUGAUAUUGUGCAAAUAUUUAAAGUUAAUUUCUACUUUCAUAAUAAAAAUAAUUAAAAAUAAUUGCUAAUAAUAGUCAAUUUGAGGACUUCCAUUCAAGAAAUUCUCUGAGCAAAAUCAAUUUUUGAUGAUGAUGAUUGAAAAUUAAAAGAGAAAUUUAAAAUUAUCAGAUAUAGAAAAAAAUAAUAUAUACUUAAGGUUUUUUCUAUAGUAGAAUGAAUUGAUUUAAAAUUAAUAGAAUCUUCAAAAAACCUUAUAAGUUCAACAAUUAUAAAAAAGAAUAUAAAAAGAAUACACCAUGAAAACGAUUUCUAAAAUAAAAUUUAAAAUCUUACAUCUUUCAGAAAAUUCACACAUUAUAUAAAUUAAAAAGUUGAUUUUCACAUACAUAUGUGAAGUAAUAAUUAAUAAAAAAAAAUAGAGAUGAACUUAAA